GUUGAUCAUACGCACUAAAUCGUUAUUUGGAAGUGAUACUGAGAAAGGAUGAGGAUCCCAGAAAAUGGAUAACACGACUUUUCGAAAACGAUCUGGAACAACGUCCAGAGGCAAAGAAUUCGAAGAUCUCGUUGUUGCUAAUUUGAUUUUGAAGCUUCUACAAGACAACAACUUGAAGAAUUUCCAGUUAUCAUCUAAUGAUGACGAGUAUGGAGCCUUCGACGAUGUCGUCCUUGAAACAGAAACCAAACAAGGGUUACAACAAAUUCAAGCCCUUCAACUAAAACACGUCAACAAAGAAAAAAUUCUCACCAAAAAUGGGCUUAAAGGUAAUCGUGGCAACUUUAGUAUAACGAAAUACUUCGAAGACUUUUGUAAACUUACGACGUCUCAUACCAAAGUCCAGUUUGUGUUGUUCACCAAUCUCAAGUUUGAAGCAGUAGAUGGAGAAAAAAUACAUCUAGAUGAUGAUAAUUCAGAAGUUACAGUGAUUCAGGCUCAGUUUGAUCCAUUGUUAAAUACUACUCCAGAAGGUCGUUGUUACAGAUUUGAAUCUACAAAUGAAAAAUAUGUGGAGUUCUUUGGAAGUUUCUUCCUGUACACCAAUCAAGCUAACGUUGACAAAAUGAAAACACAGGUGGCGUACAGAUUUGAGAACUUGUUCUCGUGCGGUGGUUUUACGUUUAAAGAAUUCUUGGAUUUUGUGAGUAACUGGAAUAUUAAAGAAGGCAAGAAGUCAAAGCUACACUUGACAAUGAUCAAACGUGUUUUGGUCUUUUGUAUGUUGUUGCAGCAAAUAGUACCUUACAGUUUUGAAAAUUCAAGCGACGACUCCAAAUCGGAACUUUUAAAGGAAGCAUUCUCUCGCUUCAGAGUGAUUACUUUCAAGAUGGAUAAUCGGGAAAAAAUUAGAAAGGUUUAUAGUGGUACGCAAAAGGACUUCAGCGCCGACGAAACAAUAUUCAAAGUGGGUCUCAAAUACCAACUUAUCUCAAAACAUGAAGAUCUAAUUCUUUUGAACGACAUUGACAAAACCAAGCUCUUAUGGUUAUUGGGUAUGUAUCCUUUGAUCGUUGUCGAGGAUUACGCGGUUCGCAAAGCAGUCAGUUUUUGUCAAGAAGGAAAGUUUGCAAUCUUAACUCACAGAGACGGAAAAGAGAAUUGUCGUUUUCUAUCCGAUUUGAAACGUGCGCCAAAAGUUUAUGACCAAAUUUUAGAAACUUUUAGUUGUUCCAUUCAAGGUAAAACUAGAUUAACUUUGAGCGAUUUGGUGACCGCGAACGAAGAAUUUGAAACUAUUAUCACUGCUGAUGAGCUCUUGGAAAUGAUGGAAGGAACAUUGGUUAUUGGAGGACCCGCAGAAGAGCUUCCUGUGCCGUAUAUAAGUAGACACAUUUCUGUUAAUACUAUAGAUUACAAAUUUCUGGAUGAAAUGGAAGAUGACACUUUGGUCGUUAUAACUUGUGGUGACCAGUUUGACAGAAUUAAGGGACACUUGUCGCAGUGUCAAAUCCGAAAAGUCCACUUAAGUGAAGAUGGGUGGAUUUGUUCGGCUGCAGAAGACCUUUGGACCAAACACCUAUCUCUGUCCGACACUAGAGCACAAACGAUCUUCGUAAACGAAAACGAUUCUAGCACUAAUUUACUGAAAACAUUGUGCAAGAAGAACCCAUUAAAGCGAAAGUACCACCAUUUCAAGGUUGUUUCGGGAAAGUUGUCUUGGGUCGAAAGUGUAUGUACGACCGAAGAUUUGGAGAAGUAUUGUUUGAGUGACGAUUUUAUUCCAGAAGCAGAAUUUAUUGCGAACAGAGAAAAUAAAAUCGAGCUUAUUUGUGCCGAUCCCGGUAUGGGAAAAUCAGUUCUUAUGAGAAGAAUGAAAAGUCAGCAGCCUUCAAAUUACUGGACGGUUCUAAUUUCUUCAAAAGAGUAUUCUUCUUAUUUUAAAGAUGGCACCUGUAACGCUGCCAUUUUCAUUCAAUAUAUUUUGCAAAGAGAAAAUCGUUUUGAGUCGAAGUUUUUAGAAAUUUUGAUUCAGAUUCGACAGGUGAUUUUUAUUUGGGACGGACUGGAUGAAAUACCCCUGAAGAAACUGGAAAUUGUUAUCAACAUCAUUCAGGAGAUUUCACAAAAAGAGUUUUACCAAUUUUUGACGAGUAGGUGUAAUCUGAAGAAACUCUUAGAGCAUCGAUUAAACGUACUUGCAAGAACUAUAAAACCUUUCGAUAAAAGUCAGCAAAGUAACUAUAUAAUGAAUAAGUUAAAUUUAAAGGAGGGUGAUGAUAUUGUAAAGAAGAUUACACGGAGCAUAGAAGUGUUACGAUGUCAUGACGUUUUGGGUGUUCCUCUGCAUGUUUAUAUGUUGACAGAACUGUUUCUUCGCAACCCAGACAAGUACACCACGAUUUUAAACAACGAGUUAUUUUCAAUUGCCGAUUUGUAUUAUUAUUUCGUGGAUGAAAAGUUCAAUAUUUACUAUAAAGAAAAAGCCAAACUGGAUGACUCGGAUGAUGCCGUUCGAGAAUUAAUUUCAGAUUGUAAAAGAGAUCGCCUUGAUAAUUACGAGUUUGUUUCCUUAAAUAUGAUUUUCAAAGAACGAAGAAAACUGCACAACAGUUUUUUAGAAGAUAUACGGAAGAACAACGAUUGUGUCGGAAUUAUAGCAAAUGUGACCAGCGAAGGAGUGCCAAUAUUCAUUCAUCACUCUUUUGGAGACUACUUCAUAGCGUCGUACUUGGUCAAACAUUAUAAACAAGAAAAGUAUCUUCUGGACUCGUUGUUUACGCAAAAGUAUAAAACUAUUCGUUUUUUUUUCGACUUAAUCUUGGCCCAGGAUUGUCCAGCUCAUAUUGCAGUCCUGUACCAAAACUCUGAACUUGUAAUGAGUUACGGUGAACCACUUCAUAAAACCGAUAAAGGAGGAAGGAAUCCACUUCUUCUGGCAUGUUCCUGGGGUAUGAGGUAUUAUCCCUUUAAAUACCAGAAGGUGGGUCUGUUUUCAAUAGAAUACAACAAAAAGCAAAUCUGUGCAAAACGCGAACCUAAAGAAAAUACACAAAUACUGCAGUUCUUGACUUUGUACUGUAUACCAUACCAGAUUGAUAACAUUUUCCAAAUGGACGCUUUUGAGUACGCAAACAGAUCAAGCAGUUUCUACCCAAUGCUUCUACUAACGAAAACCUACAAGAGGUACCUACUGAGUUUUAGUAAUUUUAAAGACGUGGCUGGUAUUUUCUUUCACUCCGUCAAACUAGAUUACACGGAGAUAUUUGACAUUCCAGGUCUUAAACCGUGGAUAGUACAGAGAGUAGAGUGGAUGGUACAGACGUCUCUUCGUUGGAAUUCGCUCCACACUUUAGAAAAACUCUUAUUCGAUAAGAACUACAACAAAAAAAUCGACAACAGUACGCUUCCAAUUCACAUCGCUUGUCGCUAUCGCAACAUCGACGUCUUGCAGUUGUUGAUCCGCACCAAAAUCGAUUUGAACACCCCAAACGUAUCCGGUUUUACUCCUCUAGGCAUAGCAUGCCAACAAGGUCAUUUAGAUGUGGUCAAAUUGUUAGUUGCUCAUGGAGCUAAAAUCAACUGUACCAAUUCAAGAACUCCUCCACUUGCCUUAGCUUGCUACGGUGGUCACAUCUCCACAGUCAAAUUUCUGCUAGAUUCAGGUGCCGACAUACACCUUCGAGGAAAAUCUGAUAUAACAUGUCUACACUUUGCCUCUUUUUUUGACAAUGUAAGCAUUGCCAAGCUUCUUGUUGACGGAGGUUUUGACAUUAACGCCACUUGCAAAAUUACGUAUAAAGGCGUCACUUCCUUACUUAUCGCUUCUGGCAAUGGUCGCAGCAAAAUGGUCGGAUUUAUUCUUGACAACGGUGCCGACGUAAACCUGACGGCUGAAAAUGGACUUACGCCACUGUAUUUAGCUUCUGAAAGAGGGUUUUCGGAAAUAACUCGCAUGCUGAUAGCAGCUGGUGCUGAUGUUAAUGCGUUGACCACUCUAGGAGGGAGUGCUUUAUAUAGGGCAUGUUAUCAGGGACACGUUGAGGUUGUUCGCAUGUUGAUAGCAGUUGGUGCUGACAUUAAUGUGUUGACCAUUCGUGGAGUGAGUGCUUUACAUGGGGCAUGUUCUAAGGGACACGUUGAGGUUGUUCGGAUCUUGUUGGAUGCUGGUGCCGAUAUUAACUGUAAAAAUGCUAGAAGAUGUACUCCACUAUAUUUGGCUUGUGAGUAUCGACGGAUGGAAAUCGUGAAGAUCUUGCUAGGUGCUGGAGCUGAUAUAAGCGUUAGAAACUUGUUUGGAAGGAAUGCUUUACAAGUUGCAAGGAAUAAGGGAUAUUCGGAAAUUGUGCAAUUAUUUUCGUCUAGGGAGUAAAAGACUUGAUGUUUUAUAAGUUUUGAGUGAAUCUUUUGUAUAUCAACUUAAAUUAUAGUUGUUAGUGAUAAUUUUGAUAUUAGCUUAGUUGAAAUAAAUAAGUUGAAAUAUUA